AUGUUCGGCUACAAGCUCUUUGGCAAGGACGGCCGAGAUCUGUACAAGACUCCUCGGGAGUUCCAUGUGCGGGCCCGGCAGGAUGUCCAGCGUCACUUGCAGAACCUACAGGAGAAAACCAGCGCAAAAACACCUGAUAUUGUCCAGCCCGCCACGGAACAGGAGCCCUCGCUUACGUACGGCUCGUCGCCCCUCAGACGGGCCAUUACGGUGUCGUCGCAGGACUCUUCCGACGAUGCAUCCACCGAGUCGGAACCGGUGCAUCUCCGGCGCACAACCACCGUCCAGACGGCCGACUCAUCGCUCUUCAGCCACCUCACUCAAAUAUACACAAACACAACGGUUCCGACACAGGUUUCCGAGCCCGCGGCUGUCCCCGAGGGAUGUAUAUCUCUUACGGACGUGCUGCCGCACGACUUCCGAGACUAUUAUUCGCCCGAUUUGCAGACAUUGCGGUUUCCGAACGGACGCCCCACGUUCACGAAACGAGGGCUGCGCGACUGGGAGCUGAACGAUCUGCGUUCGCUUUUGAUAGUCGACGCGCUGCGGCCCGAGUGGCACGGCAAGGUGCCGCAGGUUGUCUCGCCGUACCCAACUAUCCCGCUGCGCAUCCAAGUUCUCCCGCUGGACGCCACCGACGCGGAGUAUGUGCAGCUGCUGGCAAGCUCGGACAUUUACAAGGAGAGCCGGUUUGACGAGGAUUUCCGGCACAAAACGGCAAACUACAUUGUGCAGCAGGCGCGACAGCGCCACGCAAGCCAGUUCCAGAGCAGUGUGUUUCUAAAAUACGAGUGGAGGAAUAUUGUGGAAAAUUAUUUACUCAACCUGGCUAUCGAAAACCAGUGCCGGUACGAGUUCAAAGUGAAGAUCAGCGGGCUGAAAAAGUUGAAACAUGAGGGCACCCAGCGCGAGGAGGUGCUGUACAAAAAAGCUCUGAAAAACCGCAUCGAGCUGACCGACGAGGUCAAGUUCCAGGUCUGGCAGGAGGUCCAGCGGAGCGUGUACAGGAGUUUAGGCAGUGUAUGA